AUGAAAUCUUUGCUUUCUUGUUUUUCUUGUUUUAUACAUAAAAAUAAUGAUAACUCAAAUGAGAGUUCUACUCCCCUAAAAGUGUUUUCCAAAUUUAGGAAUGAAGGUGCAACUAAUGUAAUUCCAACCAUCAACGUAAUUCCUAGCACCGUUAAUAAUAUGGAGGUCACUACCAUUACUACUCCUACUUCCAAUUUCACGCAAGAUUCAUCGCCAUUUAAGAAUUCCGGAUCACUUGGAAGUGGUAAAGUCUCUCUCGUCAAUAAAGGAAAUUCUAACGAAAGCUCUUUUUCUUGUGGUCGAGAAAGCUGUAACUCUCCAAGAUCAACUGAUCCAAAUAAUUCCGGAAAAUAUUUCACUUAUUGUACUUCUAAUUGUUUUUGGGAAGAAAUUCAUACUCUUACUACCUCAAAAUUUACGCUUCUUUCCGAAAAUGAUCCUGAUUAUGAUUAUCGAUUCUUGGAACAUAAACAAUUAGUCGCCAAGAGUCAUGCAAUUGAUGAAAAUAUGGUUGUCCAUAGAAUGUUUCAUGGUACUUAUUAUGCAUGUGGUACGGAGAACUUGUGGAAUGAUGAUCGAAAACUUUGUGCGGCGAGUUGUGGCAUGUGCGGUAUUAUUCAAAACGGGAUGCUGAAAGAAGUUUCAAGACAAAACCCACAACAAUUAUGGUUUGCUAAGAAAGCUAGAAUUUCAUUGGAUUAUUGUCGUUACAGAAAUGAAAAUUUAUUUACUAUGUUUAUUGUGGACGUUGUGAAUGCUCAGGACGCCGAAAUUUUAGUUAUCAAUAACAAUGAG